AUGUGUGUUGCUGCCAUGGCGACCGUAGCUCCUCCCCUCACAUUUCUCCUCCUGCUGCUUCAACUGGCUGAUGGCUCAUUCCCAGAGGAACCAGGUCCUCUCAGCUACGUCCCCGUCGAGGUUGUGCGGAGGUAUCCAGUGUUCCUGGGCAGAGCUCAUCGUUCAGCUCAGAGACAGGAGCUGCACAUCCAGACGGUCCUCCAAGUCAACCGCACGCUCUACAUAGGAGCCAGAGAUGACUUGUACAGAGUGGAGCUGGACAACAUGGCAGGCGAUGAGAUGUUCUACAGCAAGAAACGGACGUGGGAAUCCAAUAAGAACGACAUUCGAGUGUGCAGGAUGAAGGGCAAACACGAGGGAGAGUGCCGUAACUUCAUCAAGGUGUUGCUCAGCCAGCAUGGUGACCUGUUUGUAUGUGGAACAAACGCCUUCAACCCGCUCUGUGCCAACUACACGAGAGACACUCUAGAAAUGGUGGGAGAGCCUGUCAGUGGGAUGGCACGGUGCCCGUAUGAUCCUCGACAUGCCAACGUGGCUUUAUUUGCAGAUGGAAGUCUCUUUACCGGCACCGUGACAGACUUCCUGGCCAUCGACGCGGUGAUCUAUCGCAGCCUCGGCGACAGCCCCGCCCUCCGCACUGUCAAACACGACUCCAAAUGGUUUAGAGAGCCCUACUUUGUGAGCUCCAUGGAGUGGGGGCCUCAUAUUUAUUUCUUCUUCAGGGAGAUGGCCAUGGAGUUUCAUCAUCUGGAGAAGGUGAUGGUGUCCCGUGUGGCUCGCGUGUGCAAGGCAGACCUGGGUGGCUCCCAGCGCGUCCUGGAGAAACAGUGGACCACGUUCCUGAAGGCACGACUCAACUGCUCCGUCCCGGGGGAUUCGCACUUUUACUUCAACCUCUUACACGCCACGAGCAACAUCAUCCACAUGCAGGGGCGAGACGUCAUCCUGGGUCUCUUCUCCACGCCACCGAACAGCAUCCCUGGCUCUGCGGUGUGUGUGUUUGACAUGCAGCAGCUCGCGCAUGUCUUUGAGGGCCGGUUUAAAGAGCAGAAAUCCCCAGAGUCCAUUUGGACCCCUGUACCUGAUGAGGCAGUGCCUAAACCGAGACCAGGGGGAUGUGCGGUGCAGGGAUCCAGAUUUAGCUCCUCCACCACACUGCCGGAUGAGGUGCUGAACUUUGUGAAGACCCACCCGCUGAUGGAUGAGACCGUUCCACUGCUGGGGCACCGACCCUGGGUGGUCAAGACGAUGGGACGGUACCAGCUGACAGCCAUGGUGGUGGAUACGGAAGCCGGCCCCCAUAAGAACCGUACGGUCCUGUUCCUGGGCUCCACGCGAGGAACCAUCCUCAAGUUUCUGAUGAUUCCCAGCGGAGAUUCUGUCUCCCACAGCAGCGUUUUUCUGGAGGAGGUGGAAGGAUUCAACCCAGAGAAGUGCGGCGAGGACUCUCCUCAGGCCCGUCAGCUCCUGUCCCUGUCUUUGGACCGAACCAGCCACACUCUGCUGCUGGCCUUCCCCUCCUGUCUGGUCCGAGUGCCCACGUCUCGCUGCCACCUGCACUCACGCUGCAUGAAGAGUUGUCUAGCCUCCAGGGACCCCUACUGUGGCUGGACCAGAGGCAGCACCUGCUCCUUCCUGAGACCAGGCACACGGCUGCCUUUUCAACAAGAUGUGCAAUAUGGAAACACCACCUCCCAUCUAGGAGACUGCGAUGGAAUUCUGCAGCAGAGUUUGCUGAUUGAACCGGAGAGCUUGGUCUCCCUCAACCUGCUCGUGGCGUCCGCAGUCUCUGCGUUCACCAUCGGGGCGGCGCUCUCCGGCCUCGCCGUCUGCUGGAUCAUGGCCCACAAGCCCACCAACCGCCGCCACGGCAACACCACCCAGUCCUCCAUCCAGCGGCGUGAAAGAGGCCUGCUGAGUAACGGCGGUGGGAUGGGAGGCUCCGUGCUGAGCGUGACGCGGCAGGGAGGUGGGGAGCGCCCCUGCUCUCAGGGCGGGGAAACCCUGUUUGUCAUGCCCAACGGCUGGGUGAAGUCCGGAGAGCUCGACCCGGGCUUCCUACCAACCCCGGAGCACACCCCCCAGCAGAAACGCAGAGGCCUACGACUGUCUGACUCCAACUCUGGAGGAUGGGACACCAGCCAGACGUACCUGGGGGGAGGCUCCGUGGGUCUGGGCUCACCCUGCCGCAUGCCCCCCUCCGUUUACCUGACCACCAGACUCUUCCAGCAGGGCGGAGGCGGGAGACACAGCGGUGAGGGCCGGGGGAAUGACACGCCACGCCAGCACUAUGUCUGCCUGAGCAAGCAAGAAAAAGCAGUAAAGGGGACGCCCAAAGCCCCUCUCAGGAAGUCUGCAGGAGAAUAUGUAUACCCCAUGACCCCCCAGGACUCGCCUGAGCGCCGCCGGGUGGUCUCAGCACCCAGCGCCCCCAUGGAGUAUGGCGAGCCGCUGCCUUUGCGUUGGCCAGCCCCAGAAGGAUACAUCCUCAGCAGCCACGGCAUGGUCCCCGUCCCCCUGCCUCCGCCCUCCAUGCCCGCUCCCAGCGGCCAGGCUUACGUCUCCCAGCAACACACCCCCGGGCUGACCAGGGCUCUGCUGAGAGGGGCCCUGGAGCGAGGGGAGCUGGGCGAGCUGGUGGAUCUCAGCCAGCUGAUGAGUAAGAAGAACUGCAGUGAUAGGACUCAGGCUGGCCAGUGA